UCCUCCUCUCUGGAUAACAAUCAUAUACAGUCUAUGAUAACAAUCCAAAUACAUUGUCAGACUACAGCCCUAAGGAUAACUCUAACAUAACUGUAAUAUAACCCAAAAUAUAACCACCUGAAGGACUGAACUUAUUGAGAGAGAGACUUCAUGUCAGCCUGCGUGGGAGGGUGUCUUGCCUGAGAGCCAACAACCGGGGAAAAAAUCUUCUCAAUUCAGCAGCAGCAGCCCCGCAGCCGGGUAACGAACAAUCCCAGCCCUUACUUUGACAGCUCGGUCUUCGACGUCCGCUAGGGAGGUACUGUAUAGCCGUGAUACUUGAGGACGUGUCAUCGACCAUUUAACUGAAUGACAGUCAGUUUACACGGCAAGUGCACCGUGUGUUUCCAGAUGAAGCUGCUAAGCUAACUUUCUCUAGCCAACACUAUGUAGGUGAGCUUGUAGCUAACUGGCAUUGGUAACAGUCCGAUUACGGUAAACUAGCAACUUGUUAGCUGGCUAGCGGCAGGGUUUCUCCUCGCAGCACUGGGAUGGCUAACAAGGGUUAGCCGCACUUUCUCACUCUGCCAUCAGUUUGGCAACUACUUUAUUAUUUCCUUCAUAUCUCUUCACAUUUCUAGAUUAAAGAAGUGUACUGUUAGGGCUCCCUCCAGUUAGCCAGUGCUUGUUUUCCUUCUAACAGAUAUUGUUUAUCGAGGCUGAACUAUAGCUUGUUGCCUCUAUUGUUUACAUGCGUGUACAUGGAUAGCGGUCAGCUGGAGUGCCCUGUUUGUGGUUUGUAGUGGUCGUAACAAGACUGGAUCGACUACAAAACAACCACAGUAGAGGCAUGGAAAUGGAGCUGGGAUGCAGCUAACGUCUGUUACCGUUAGCCAGAGCUGUACGGUCGACUCUCCACAAAAAUGAGGGAUACUGGAGCUCUAAAGGAGGACAGCUGUGCCUGCUGGACUAUUUGAUUUUCAGUGGGCGUUGGACAAAGGACAGGAGCUUGUUUGCCCAUUAAAAGCUUAACCUGAGGCAAGACUACAUGAGGAGGACGAGAAAUAAACAUUGCUGGGUUCAGCCCUCUGGCGUCGGAAUGAUGAUGUUAAAGACCCUGCUGAUCACCAGUCUUCUAGGCUGUGUGAAAUGUCAUGAGAGCCAGAGCAUGACCCCGGAGGAGAAGACUGUUAUCAGAGACCAGAUUAUUGAGAUGUUCGACCACGCUUAUGGCAGUUACAUGAAAUAUGCUUAUCCAGCAGACGAGCUGAUGCCUCUAAGCUGCAGGGGGAGAGUCCGCGGCCAGGAGCCCAACAGAGGCGACAUAGAUGACUCCUUGGGAAAGUUUUCUCUCACACUGAUUGACACCCUUGAUACCCUGGUGGUGUUAAAUAAGCUCGAUGAGUUUGAGGACGCAGUGAGGAAGGCUGUGAAGGAUGUACGCCUGGACAACGAUGUGGUGGUGUCUGUGUUUGAGACCAACAUCAGGGUUUUGGGAGGGCUUCUGGGGGCCCACGUGAUGGCUGACCUGCUCCAUCAGCGUGGGGACAGGAUGCAGUGGUAUCGAGAUGAGCUCCUACACAUGGCCAAAGAGCUGGGCCAUCGAUUACUGCCUGCCUUCAAUACCACAAGUGGCCUUCCCUACCCUAAGGUGAAUCUGCGGUAUGGAGUCCAGAAUCCAAAUUCACGCACUGGCACUGAAUCAGACACCUGCACAGCCUGUGCAGGAACAAUGAUCCUGGAGUUUGCUGCCCUCAGCAGAAUGUCAGGAGAGUCUGUGUUUGAGGAACAUGCAAGGAAGGCCAUGGAUGUCCUCUGGGAGAGAAGACAGAGAGGAAGUGAUUUGGUCGGGACUGUCAUCAAUAUACAUAAUGGAGAAUGGGUCCGCAGGGACAGUGGAGUUGGUGCUGGUAUCGACUCAUACUAUGAAUAUCUGAUGAAGGCCUACAUUCUUCUGGGAGAUAAUGUUUUUCUGGAGAGGUUCAACACUCACUACAGUGCCAUUAUGAAGUACAUAAGUCAGCCUCCCCUACUGCUCAAUGUACACAUGCACAACCCUACUGUGAGCGUGCGCAGCUGGAUGGACUCUCUCCUGGCAUUCUUCCCUGGCUUACAGGUGUUAAGAGGAGAUCUGAAACCAGCUAUUGAGACCCAUGAGAUGCUUUACCAAGUCACCAAACAGCACAAGUUUCUUCCAGAGGCUUUCACUACAGAGUUCAGAGUUCACUGGGGCCAACACCUACUGAGACCAGAGUUUGCAGAAAGCACCUACUACCUCUAUAAGGCCACUGGUGACCCCUACUACCUCAGAGUGGGACAGUCCAUCGUGGAGAAGCUCAAUGCCUACGCCAGGGUGCCUUGCGGGUUUGCUGCUGUGCAAGAUGUCCGCACUGGGGCGCAUGAAGACAGGAUGGACUCCUUCUUCCUGGCAGAGAUGUUUAAAUACCUGUACCUGUUGUUUUCGGAGAAGAGCGAGCUGCCCAUCGAUAUCGACGACUACAUCUUCACCACAGAGGCUCACCUCCUUCCUGUCUCUCUCUCUACCACUCAGCCACCUUGUCAAGGCAACAUUACGGACACUGCUUCCAUUUCUCAAGAAGAAGAUCUGUUCACACACUCCUGCCCCAGCAUGGAGACGUUGUUUCCCAACAACCCUUCAUUUGCAAAAACCAUCCGGGACAGCUACAAGUACCUCACCGGGGUCGGACGAGCCUUCCGCCCCUUACCUGUCAGGGAAAUUGAACUCCCACUCCACGAUAAUGGCAUGGAGCCAGUGGAGUUUUUGAAAAGCAUGGGCAUUUCUCUUACUCCACUGAAUGAGGUCACAGGCAUUGGAGGUCAAAAGGAGCAUAAAGGAGUAUACCGGGUAAAACUUGUGGCAGAGGUAAGCCAGACACCAGAAGAGGAGGAAGUGGUGCCUCAUGUCGUUCAGCUCAUAUCCCCCCCAUUUCUGGGUCGGACAGUCCUCACAGCGGGACCUGCUAAGUUUGGAAUGGACCUCUCCAAACAGGAGCAUGGGGUGAAGGGCAGCAUAGUGAAAGCCUCCCCCUACACUGCCUGCGGGCCAAUAGAUAAUGCAGCGGAGCUUAAAGGCUGUAUUGCUCUGGUGCUGCGUGGUGACUGCAUGUUUGCUGCAAAGGCUCGUCGGCUACAAGAGGCCGGAGCCAUAGGAGUCAUCUUUAUUGACCACCGUGAGGGAAGUAAUAGCGAGGAAACUCCCCUCUUCCAGAUGGUUGGAGACGGAGACUCCACUGAAGACAUCACCCUAGCUUUGGUCUUCCUGUUCAGCCGUGAGGGUGCAGUGCUCACAGCUGCCCUGGAGGAACAUCACAAUGUGGAUGUGCUGCUGCUGCCCAAAGAGAAGCAGCUGGGGCAUGAUAAGACAGAAAAACCUGUCGGCAUGAACAUCAAAUUCCGCCUGGCAGAAGAGGGGGAGCUGGAGGAAGGACCGGCCGGCAGGCCCACCCUGGAGCUGGUAUUGGAGAAAGAAGAGGUGCUUCUUGAGGAGGAGGAGCUCAGAGGACAACGACAAUCACAGCAGCGGCAGCAGUUCUGCACAAAGGCAACAGAGAAUGAUAGAACUGAACCAUGUUCAGCAGAUUCAUCUCAAGCCCUGAACUCUGGACCAGACGCAAAUCCUUGAAAUGCGCUGCGGAUCACAAAGCAGCCAAGUUUCCUAACACUGAUCCCUCGUCAGUUUCUGAAUGGCAUGUGCCUCAGAGCCCCUCACUGCCCUACAUGGAGCCCUAACUGACCCAGCCUGCAUGUUUACAGCCAAUGAAAGUGAGUCAAGCAGUGUGAUAGCCACACUCACAUCCUGCCUUGACUCUGAAACAUAAAGAUGGUUCUAUAUUUAUUAGACAGACAGGUCAAGUGUAGCUUUUGUUCUGUGUGGUGCAGGAAGUGAGGGGUUUGAUGAUCUCAUGAGUCUAAACUAGGUAGUUAAUGGUCAACAACUGUAGGAUGAGAUGACUGUGCUGGUGCUACCUAAACCUAGCCUGUAGUAUAGCUACUGUAGGCACAUAGAAAGUGUAUGUAGUGAUAAUGACAUAGAUCACUAACUAGAAUUUAAAAUGACCUUAUCUAAGAGGAGAACGUAGAUAAGACAACAACAAAUGUACUCAGCUAUGUUUUUAUGCAAUGCCAUUUGUUUUGAAUCUAGGCUGCACCUUUCGCAUCAACAAGUACUGUUAAAUAUUCAGUAAUGGGGAAUUCACCGGCCAGUAGGUGGCGUCAGCUACCAUGACCUCUCAGUAAUAUGAUGUUCGUAGAUGAAGUAUCUGAACUGGGGCCAAUUUGGAAAGUUUCUUUUACUUUUUAAUAGUAAGUGACUUCAGGGAAUUUCAAGAGUGAAUGCAGUUUGCAAGGUUGACCCGUUUGAUGAAACAUUUGUGUGUGUGUGUGUUUUGCAUUUCCUUUUUGCUAUAAUGUGUGUGUGUGAGUGUGUGUAUACACGCAAGGUGUGUAGUAACUAUAAAACCCAAGAAAGCAUCCCAGCUAAAACAUCAUAGCUAUCAGUUGAAACCCUCCUAUUUUACAAAGUCAUCAUCCAAGGAAUUAAGAAUUAAGUCAGGAGGAUUGAUCACCAUGAAUCUUUUCAAAUUCUUUUUUUCCCCUCAUGUAAGCCACUUUUUUCUGCACCUAUGAAUAAUUGUGUGUAUCACUGUUAUGUUGUAAUUAAUGUCAUCUGAAAAACAUUGCAAAAAUUACCAAAGCUGAUUUUCAUACAGCUGAAGUCUUCAUGUAUAGUAAGAUGCAGUGUCACAGGUUUGACUGUUGGGCAC